CCACUUUUUCAUUUUUACACAGAUUACACAACCGAGUAUUACCUUUUUCUUCGGUUCUUGUAGCUCGAGAAAUGGAUGAACUUUGGUUCCAGAACAAUGAUAUUCCAAUUGAUGUGCUAUCCCGAUUGCCUACUAAAGCUUUGCUUAGCCUCAAGUGUGUUUCAAAGGAAUUUCAUAGUCUUAUCUCAGAUUGCUCUAUCCUACCUCUUCUGGUGAAAAGGGCUGAACAAUUAUCAGGUUUCUUCUUCCAGGAGAGGUUCCAAUGGUGCGAUGAUGAUAUCAAAGCAAUUAGCUAUAUACCUGUUGAAAGGGGAGAAGCUGACGUGCAAUGCACAAUUCUGGACUUCCUACCUGAAAGUGUUGUUAUCUUGGCCUCAAGCAAUGGCCUAAUCUGUUGUCGAAGUUGCUUCCCCUCUCCACAGCCGGCAAUUUAUGUCUGCAACCCCUUGAAUAAGGAAUGGGUGAGUCUGCAAUGGCCUGCUCCUGACAAAGGGAGCAGCCUGGCCUUGGCUUUUGACCCUUUUCGGGAUCUCCUAGAUGUUUCUACAAAUUUCAGAGUGGUUACAGUUUGUCAAACUGAGACUGAUACUGAUGCUGAUGAUUACCACUUUUCAUUUGAUAUAUAUUCUUCAGCAAUGGGGGUAUGGAGGAAAUCAGUGGAAAUCUGCCAGUGCAACCAUAAUUUGUUCAAAAACAAAGGGAUCUUUAUAGGAGGGGUUCUUUAUUGGCUAACUGAUGGUGACCAAAUCCUCAUGUUUGAUCUUGAAAAUGAGCUUGCUUUGCUGAUUAUGGUACCACUACCUUCCACUCAGUUCAAGACAAUCCCUGAAAUGUGCAUCGGGGAAUCUGAAGGCAGGCUGCAUUACGUCUUGAUCUCUGAAGAUGGGCUCCAACUGUGGGUUCUUGAGGAUCACUUUGCGUCUCAAUGGGAGUUCAGAUAUUCAAUAUCUCUGGAAAAGUUGGAGGAAGAAAAUUCCCAGUACUUCUAUCACUUACCUGAGAGAGUGGCGAGUCGGGUGACCAUUGACAGGGCGCCAUGGAUGAACCCUUUGGCCUUCAAAGAUGGUAUGUUGUUUAUGAGGGUGUCAGCAGAUAUCUACUUAUGUCAGAUUGAAACAGGGAAGAUGAAAAAGGUCUGCUCCCUUUCUGCUUUGGGGUCAAACUCAUAUUUUUCUCCCAUAGUGCUUCCUUAUACCAUGAGUCUAGUUCCGUUGGGUCGGGCAUAGGAAAUAGCCAUUCCUCUUAGAUGCUCUUAACCGAUGUUUUUGAUUUUGGGUUUAGUUGAUCUAUUCUCCCUAAUUUUUUUUAUGCUUGUUUCUUCCCAGGGGGUUAGAUUUUUGUAGGACUAGCAGUUGUAGGCUGUUUUGUUAAGUUUGUACAGGGAUACACUAAUGAAAGAUGCAAGUAAGCUCUAAAAAUGGAUUGUUUUUACCAAGAACAGCUCUUCAGAUUUAUGAAAUG